UAUGAUGGCGCAACGUUUUCUGCAAUUUCACCCAGCAUUCAAAAUAAAUAAGAGAAAAAAUGUGACACAAAGUUUUAAAUACUUGCUUGUUCUCGAUUUCGAGGCAACAUGCAAAAAAGAUGUGAAGUUGAGGCCUCAAGAGAUAAUAGAAUUGCCAUGCCUGGCACUGUGUACUAAAACUUGGGAAGUCAAAGAUGUAUUUCACGAGUAUAUCAAACCUCAGAUCCAUCCUGUACUGACUUCCCACUGCACAGAUUUAACCGGUAUUAUACAAGAAAUGGUGGAUGAUCGUCAACACUUCCCCGAAAUAUUUUUAAAGUUUCAAGAAUGGUUGGAUCAAGGAAAUUUUUUGAAGGGUACCUGUAAUGGUGCAUUUGUAACUUGUGGUAAUUGGGACUUGGGGGUAAUGCUACCCGAGCAAUCCGCCAUCACUCAAACGGUCAUCCCAGAUUAUUUUCAUAAAUGGAUCAAUUUGAAAACAUCAUUUUAUACUGCGACGGGACAUUAUCCGAAAAGCUUAGUUAACAUGCUCAGACACCUUGAUUUACCGCAUACGGGUCACCUACAUUCAGGAAUAGAUGACGUCUAUAACAUGAGCAGAAUAAUUCAAAUGUUAGGAAUGGGUUGUAAAGUCAACUUUGAGAUUACAUCCGAACUAGGGAACUGAGAUGUUAAAAUUGAAAAUCGAAACUUGGUUGUUUCAUGUACCAAACAUAUUUUAUGGAUGAUGAUCAUGUAUGGUUGAUUAUAAAAUAAAGAAACCCCAUUACUACGCUAA